AUGGCAGCCCAAGUUAAAACUCCUACUAGUUAUGAUAUCAUAUCAAACGGUAUCACUAUUGGACAACGUUUAAAUACAGUUUAUGUUCCAAAUGGUAGUGAUGUUUCACUAUCUUUUCGAGGUGGUUCGUGGGGUGCUUUAACAGCAGGCGGAAGCACUUGGUCAAUUUUAACAUACAUUAAUCUAGUGUCAAGAAUGGAUAAUGGCAAGUACAAUAAUGCUCCAGUUUCUACUGUGAUGUCCCGAAUCAUUAUUAAAGUAAGCGAAACAACAAGUAUAAUAAUACCAGUGAGUGAUGCUGAUGGAGACAACUUGCGUUGCCGUUUGGCAACAUCAUCCAAUGGUGUUGAUGAAUGGGAUACUGUUUGUCCACCAAGUUCACUGCCAACAAAUACAAUGAUCUAUUCAAACUGUACUAUUUUAAUUACUGGCCAAGUAGAAGACUUCUUGAAUGCAUCGAGUAUGACACCGCUAAGUUCAGUACCAGCACAAUUUCUUGUAAAAGUUAUUGCUGCAUCAUCAUGCGUCUAUCAACCAGAGGUGUUACUUCUUGCAGAUUCAUGUACACCACUCAAAGUCAAUCAAACGCUCACGUCAACAUUAUUAGCGAUCAAUAAUUGUGGAACAAUUGUCACUAUUAUUGAUAUCUCAACCAUUUACUAUAAAAAUUUGACAUGGAAACCAACUACAAACCAAAUUGGCUAUCAAGUAAUGUGUGCAAUUGCUCUCGACAGCCAAAAUUCACAAUCACUACAAUAUUGCUUUACAUUCUAUGUCACAGAAAAUGGUGAGAAUACAUGUCCCGGAGUUACAUACAUUACAACAACAAUAACAAAAAUCUCGACAGCAGGUUCCUAA